AUGACGGGACACUCGGGUACCACGUACGCCACUGGCAAGCUAUGUCCUCGAAACAGGUUCGUGGCAUCCCGGAAAGAAGUACUGAGAGAGUCAGCAGCGCACGCAGUUCGAUGCACUGCAGAAUACGGCUGGACUGCCCUAAUUCUUCAACAGGAAGACAGUUGUCUUUCUCUUUCUCUCCCUACCUGCGGGUUACAAGUAAAAGUAUGCUUAGUUCUUGAACUAAAUAGACGUCACGUAAAUCACGUCUUAAGACACUGA